AAUUGCAGCUUAGAUGAGGUGUGUUUGUCCUGCAGGUAGGUUUUUGUUACUUUAUUGUAGCACUCAUGUCCCCUGUGCUGCUGCUAUGUAUAGCCAGGACUAUUUUUAUACCGCGGCUGUGAAUAGAAGCCGCUGGUGUUACUGCCAGCCUGGCGACUUCGUGGCAGCACAGUUUGUGUCUCGAACAGCGUUGGCCUCAUUGUGGGGAAAGAGCGGGAGACAUUCCAAGAAGGCACAGGGAACUGGUGCCAGAUUACCGGCCCCAUUUCCGCAGGUUACACACCAGCGGCAACGCGAUGGAGCCGAGCAGCUGUCAUGACCCAGAGCCGGAGACGGACGAGACUAACAGCCAUUCACCACGGGACGUCCAGGAGGCCGAGCUGAAGGUACGGGUGAACGGGAGUGUUUUCGUCAUUGCUAAAGCGAUCCUGACUGAGCAUUGCGAGUACUUCCGAGCGCUAUUCCAGUCAGGAAUGAGGGAAUGCCUGCAAGAGGAGAUUCACGUCCAGGGGCUGAGCCCUGGGGGCUUUUCCAUCAUGCUGGACGUCCUGGGAGGCGAUCGGCCCAUCUUGGGUGCCGACAGGUUGGUCCAAGCCAUCGAAUGCGCUGCCUUCCUGCAGGUGGAGAUGCUCACCAGACACCUCAUCAACAUCCUGAAUUCAGACAACUGUUUGCUGGUGUACCACGCUGCCGCGGAAUACGGCUUGCUAGAGCUCUUCCAUAGCGCUGCGCUGUUCAUCCGAGACAUGUACCAGGAUCUGGAGGAGGAUGCCAGGUGUCUGUCAGUGGAGCUCCUCGAGUAUGUGGAGUCUCUCUCUCCCCAGGUGUUUGUUGCUGUGGGAACGCACUCUAGCUCCAACUUCCAGGAGCUGCCGCAUGCCUCCACCAGAACCAUCUGCUAUUUGGACGAGGACGAGAAGGACUGGAAAGUCCUCACGCGGCUACCCUACGAGGCCAGCACCUCCAUGGCAGGAGUGGCAGUGCUUAAUAACAAGCUAUACAUCGUCGGUGGGGUCCACAGCGUCCACAAGCAGGUUGUGGACUCCGGCUUCUGCUACGACCCCACGGCAGACGCGUGGAGCACGCUAGCUGGGCCUCGGCAGCCGAGAUACAACUUCACGCUGGCAGGACUCGAUGAUCGCCUCUACGCCAUCGGUGGAGAGUACGAGAGGAUGGUGAUGUCAUCGGUGGAGAAGUUCGAUGUCUCCACUGGCUCAUGGUCUUUCAUUACGCACCUGCCCCGACCUGCGGCCGGCGUGGCCUGCACUAAGACAAUGAACAGGAUAUUUGUGUGCCUGUGGAAGCCCAUGGAGACGACAGAGAUCUAUGAGUACCUCCCCAGCAGGGACGUGUGGAGUCUGACCACGACACUCAUUCGAAACCAGAGCUAUGGGCACUGCAUGGUAGCACACAGGGACAACCUCUACGUCAUGCGCAACGGACCCUCAGACGACUUCCUGCGGUGCGUGAUGGACUGCUAUAACCUCAGCUCGGGCCAGUGGACAGCCCUGCCCGGCCACUACGCCAACAGCAAGGGUGCUCUGUUCACAGCUGUGGUGCGAGGGGACUCGGUCUUCACGGUGAACCGAGCUCUCACGUUGGAGUUCUCCAUCGAGGGCAGCAGAUGGAAGCCGAAACGAGAAAUGAAGGGUUUUCCGCGCAGUGGCUCCAUGUGGACCUUCCUGCUAAGACUUCCGAAAGCUUCGCAGAACGUCUCCACCCUGGAUGAACUCGAUGAAAGGACGUCGUGACUGGGCAGGAUCCCCUGGGCUUAUCGGUGCCAUGACGAUGAGCAGGGGGAAGGCGAUUGGCUAUCAGCCAUGCAUGAGCACGUGUCACUAAAUAUUCACAUAGAAUUGGUCACACCAUAGCAACUCAGUGAGUCCCCCAAGAGCUCUCAGGUUCCACUGCCGCAUUGAAAAGGUCAUGACGUCUUAUCAGGCCUUCAUUCUCCUCCAAAAAUCCAUGGCUUCUUGGUGAGAGGCCCAAUAAAGGAAUGAACGUUCUAAGGAAUCUCUAAAGUUUUUAGUCUUUUGUUUAUAACUCCAUACCCCAUUGUAUCUUUGGCGUUCCUUUUUGAAAGUGGACUUGAUUCCCUCUUGUUUUCUCCAGCCGAGCAUGGAAACAGGAGUGCAUUUCAGAGACAGAUGAUCACAGGAAUAUCGGUCUCUCCCGACCACAGCAUGAGUAAUGUCCAUGUUUUGUUCUACUGUAGUGUCGUAGCAAACAGGAUGUUUUUGUUUUCCAGCCUUGCGUACAUUGUGCAGAUAAUUACUUACAUGUCUAAUCAACUACUUGGAAGACAGGGCGUUCUUUUAACUGUAAAGAAAAAUUUACUUGGCAAAUAUAUCUGCUUUCAUUGAGACAGCGAUGUAAACAUCUUUAAUGAGUUAUGUUGUAAGAAGUCUGCUACACCUGUAAACCUCGGCACGCCCUAAAAUUGAGAUGACAUAAUCCUUCAGACACGCGGUGCUGGAAUAGAAAAACAUCCUGUGCUGUGUGCACUUACACUCCUCGGCCAGCUCUACUUCCUCGCCAUCAGCACCAGCGGAUCUCACCGACAGAGAGCAGGCAUGAGCGCAGGCUAAUCCACAAUCCCAGAAUCCCCCACUGGUCGCCAGCAGGCCCUGGGACGGUGGCUACGCUCCUGCAGGAGACAAUGUGUUUCUUCACCGUCCUCAGCUGCGGCUGGCCACCACUUCCUCUUGGCAGGGCGCGAGCGAGCGAUAGGUCGCUACGGCGAUGCCAGGAAGAGUGUGAUGCAGCGGGUUGCCUAGGCACAUGUCAGCCAUGCGACAAAUUACAAUCUUUCUGGACAAAAAUAAAUAUUCAAUGGGCGGAGUCAUCACGGGACACGCGACCCCCCCCCCCGACCCGACAUGACACCCUCAAAUUAAAUUGGGUCAGAAGGUCAGCUGGGUCAUGAUGCGCCAAUGAGAGAGCAGAGGGAUUGCCGCGCACCAUCAAUCACACGGAGGGCACCUGGAAAUAAAUGACUUAAACUUGCCACUGAAACCUGCUACCUCUGUGUGUUUUCAUGACCCCUUGAUCAGUAUCAGCAGCAGGCUGCGGAUGUCAAGAAGUGCAACGCAUAUGUAGUAUCUAGCAGUUGUUAUAACAACGUUGUUCUAAUGUUAUUUUACAUUGCAGAUGUUACAGUGUAAAGUAUUUCAGGUUUCGGUGGGUAUCAAUUUGCUGAUGUCUGAGCGUUUCACUACGUGUGGGAAAUGUGUCACGUGACAGGUGGGGAGCAUGUCACAUGACAAGUGGGGAACGUGUCACAUGA